UGUAGAGAUUGGUGAAAGUGUGAGAGGGGAAGAUGUGUAUAUUAUCCAGAGUGGCUGUGGAGAAAUAAAUGACAACUUAAUGGAGCUGCUCAUCAUGAUCAAUGCUUGCAAGAUUGCAUCAUCCUCCAGAGUGACUGCUGUAAUUCCAUGUUUUCCAUAUGCCAGGCAAGAUAAGAAAGACAAGAAGGGGUCCGUGGAGCGUUGGAGCCGUGCACCAAUCUCUGCAAAACUUGUUGCCAACAUGCUGUCAGUGGCAGGGGCUGACCACAUCAUCACCAUGGACUUGCAUGCUUCUCAGAUCCAGGGUUUCUUUGACAUUCCAGUAGAUAACCUGUAUGCAGAACCUGCAGUCCUGCAGUGGAUUAAAGAGAACAUUCCUGAGUGGAGAAACUGUAUCAUAGUCUCACCUGAUGCAGGUGGUGCAAAAAGGGUUACUUCAAUUGCUGACAGACUGAAUGUGGAAUUUGCACUCAUUCAUAAGGAAAGAAAGAGGGCAAAUGAAGUGGACAGAAUGGUCUUGGUUGGUGAUGUGAAAGACAGAGUGGCAAUUCUUGUUGAUGAUAUGGCUGACACAUGUGGCACAAUAUGUCAUGCAGCAGACAAGUUAAUGUCUGCUGGAGCUACUAAAGUUUAUGCCAUUCUGACCCAUGGCAUCUUUUCUGGUCCUGCCCUCUCUCGGAUUAAUAAUGCUUCGUUUGAGGCUGUUGUGGUAACCAACACAAUCCCCCAAGAGGAGAAAAUGAAACAUUGCCCAAAAAUACAGUUUAUUGACAUUUCCAUGAUCCUGGCAGAGGCAAUUCGAAGAACACACAAUGGUGAAUCAGUGUCUUACCUGUUCAGUCACGUCCCCUUGUAACUGCAGGGGAUUACACUGCAUCUUUGCAAAGGUCUCUUAAGCUAGCACUGUUUUUAACUAUGCACAUCAACCAUGAGAAAUUAUUAUCUUUGUACAAUUCGAGAGCUUGUAUGUUUAAUUAUCAUAUUUGUCUUGUAAUUAACAUUUGUUCUUUGUAAAUGGGCAAUAAACCUCCAUCUUGCAGAAAA